AUGUCUAAGGUCGAUGUUAUUGUCAAUGUAACAGAUACACAACAUGUGAAUAAUAUUGCGAACGCUGGAGCUGUGUCUAAAUUACUUGGUCAAAAAGCAGGAGCAAGAGUAAUACAACAAUGUGCGAAUCUACAGCAGCCAUUUAAUGCUGGAGAUGUUUUAGAAACUGAUGGUGGAUCACUACCGUGUAGAAAAUUAUAUCAUGCGCUUGUGACAAAUUAUAAUCAGAAUUCGCAAGGAAUUAUACAAUUAGUUGUGUGGAAUAGUUUACAUAAAGCUGAGAAGUCUGGAUUUCAGUCCAUUGCUUUUCCAGCUAUUGCUACGGGAGGAUAUAACCAUCCUCCAAAUUUUGUUGCCCAAUGGAUGAGACAGGAAAUAUCCAAUUUUCAAGGAAAUAAUUUAAAGCAAGUUUUCAUUGUGCUUCAUCCUGGGAACCCAGCUUUUAUAAUGGAUUUCAAUGCUGAGUUCAAUACAGGAUUAAGUUCAAGUGGUGACCCAUCUUUCACUCCUGCUUGUGGAGAAUCAAAAAAUGAUGGAAUCAUUUUUAGAAAAAUUGAUGAUAAAACAACACGUUACGGGUCACUGAGAGUAUCAGUAAUUAAAGGCGACAUCACUCAACAAGAUUCUGAUGUAAUAGUUAACAGCACAAAUGAACACUUUGAUCUGUCCCAAGGCAACACUCGCCGGUCCAGUGUCAAACUUAUGGCAAGCACAACUUAUGUAGAUGCGUGA